GGAGGAGUUACGAUGGAGCAGACGUGGCAACACAUGACGUCAUCAAAGAGGGUCGCCGGGUUGUUCAUGGGUGUUGUGCUGAGCUAUUGGAGCUAGCAGGAUUAAAGCAGAGAAGAUGAUGGAAGAAAGUGGGAUUGAGACGACGCCUCCUGCCAGCCCUACGCCUCCUCUGAUUGUGGCUACCACUGUCAGCGGCCCCCCGAUGAGCGUCGGUCUGUCCAGCCCCAUGUCCCACCCUGGCACCAACACCUUCUCCCCCCAUCUCCCCGCUGUUCCAUCCUCCAUUCCUGCCUUCAGCAGCCCUAUGGCGUCCCACCCCUCCCUGUCCUCCCCGUUCCCCCCUCCCUCCAGGCUCUCCUCGCCUUAUACAAGCAGCUCUCCGUUUCCUCCGUCCGCCGCCCCAUCUUUUCCUCCCCUGUCCUCCCCCAUGGCACCACCGCCGGCCCUUUCGGCUCCCAGCAUGUCGGCUCCCCCUGUGGGCCCGCCGGUCUCCAACUACUCCAUGAGUGCGGGGUAUGACAUCACACGGGGGCACGCCGGGCGGACGCCACAGACGCCGCUGAUGCCCACAUUCUCCAGUCCCUCGGCCAUGUCAGGUGUGGGGCCGAACCCCAUGGUCCAGCAGCCAGUGAUGAUGGGAGGAGUCGAUGGAUCUCCCAUCACCUUCCCCGAGGAGCAGGAGGAUCCCCGACAGCCGGGACAGGCUAACGCUGGGGGAGGCAUCUGGGGCUUUUUCAAGGGAGUAGCAGGUAACGCGGUAGUAAAGACAGUCCUGGACCGAACCAAGCACUCUGUGGAGUCCAUGAUCACCACUCUGGACCCGGGCAUGGCUCCGUACAUCAAGUCCGGCGGGGACAUCGACAUCGUGGUGACGUCGGAUAAGGAGCUGCAUGUGCAGGCGGUCAGAGACGCCUUUCAGGAGGUUUUCGGGAUGGCCCUGGUCACCGGAGAGCCCGGUCAGUCCAACAUCGCCCCGCAGCCUGUGGGAUACGCAGCCGGAGUCAAGGGGGCUCAGGAGCGCAUCGACAGCCUGCGUCGAGCCGGUGUGAUCCACGAGAAGCAGCCCGUCGUCUCUCUGGAAAACUUCAUCGCGGAGCUCUUCCCCGACAGGUGGUUUGACAUCGGCUGUUUGAUCCUGGAGGACCCGGGUCACAGCAUCCGCAUCGAGGUCUUCACUCAGACCACGCCUCUGGCUCUGGAUCACAUCCAGCAGGCCCAGUCCCUGACCCCCCCUGACUACAGCCUGCGCUGGUCCGGCCUGAUCGCGACGGUGGGCGAGGUCCUGGAGCGCAACCUGCCCAACAUCAACCGGACAGACUGGCAUCAGGCCAUGACGGGCAUGACCCAGCGCCAGAUGAUCCACAGCGCCGCCAAAGCUCUGGCCGGGAUCUACAAACAGCAGCUGCCCCCCCGGACUCUGUGAGCGCUCCCUCACACACAGGGGGGGAGGGGGGAGCAGGUGGACGCACUCGGGAAGCAAACCUGGCUGAUGGGACAGCAAGGCUCCUCGUACUUCCCCCAAAAGCCAAAUGCACACCUCCUUUAAAGAUGUCGACGCUCACAGAUGAUUCCAGAAUCAGCGGGAUGUCACCGAUCAGAUCUCAAAUACGGCCUUAACCACGACGUGACUAAUCAUCUCAUCCUCUCCGAAAUGUAAGGUACCACUUUCCAAUAACACUACCCCUAUAAAGGGUUUAAUUAGUGAUUCAUUUAUUAAUUAGGUUGUGAACACUUUAUAAAUCAUCAAUCAGCUUUUAUAAGACGAGAGAUAAACAGCCACUGAGACCGGUUGCUUGCCAAAUAGUGAGCCCACAUGUAUCUGUACUGCUAAGCCUUAUAUUGGCUACUUAGCUUACAGAUACUAAGGAACAUCAAGUUGGAUGAGGGGGGGAAUCAACUCAGAUAACAACAGAUACCCAGGAUGCUGGCUGAUGAAGAAGAGGAAGGAAGCUAGGUAGCCAAUAUAAGGCUUAGUCAUCUUGCCAAAUAGUGAGCCGGUGUUGAAGUAUGAAAACUAUGUUAGAACUGGUUUAUAAAUCCAUGUUUCUUGGCAUCUCUUGAGCUAAGUAGCCAAUAUAAGGCUUAGCAGUACAGAUACAUGUUGGCUCACUAUUUGGCAAGCAACCGGUCUCAGGUGCCCUGUUUAUCUCUCGUCUUAUAAAAGCUGAUUGAUAAAGAGUUCACAACUUCAUUAAAACCCUUUAUGAAUCCUUUAUAAGGGUAGUCUAAUUGUAAAGUGGUUCAAAAUAUAAUCACACAUCACUGUAGUCAACACAUAGAGAGGUGCAGGAAUGAGUCCUUAAACCGGGAAUGAGUUAGCAUAAUAUCUUUCUGCAGGUGAAAACUUUUUCUUUAUUUUCAGUUUUGAUUAUGGUUAUUGUAGAGAGGAUUCCAUGCACUGUCAAACUCGAUCUUACCUUAUUUAAAAAGCAUGCCAAACUUUGCGGCUCUGACCCAAUCAGAAGAUAACGUGGACCCCCUGAGGGCCUCCGCCAUUGGCCGUUGACCCUAGCUGGUAAAAAAUGUUCUUAUUUUGUGUGCAUAUUUUAGCUUUCGGAGGUCAUCUACGAUCCGUCCACCUUUCUUUUAAAUUGUAUUUUUUUCAAGCUGUACAUAAACCCUCUCUUAUUUUGAAAAUCCACCAUCGACCGUGGGGCCCAAAAGUUAAUUUCCCCUCACUAUUCUUACACGUAAUAACUUGUUGGUGGUAAUUUGAUGAAACUAAAAUAAGUAACAAAACAUUUAUUUCAGUAUUCAAAUCAGAUAAUGAAGCAUCACCCAAUUAGAGGCCUUCAUAUCUCCUGAUUCCCUAUUUUAAUGACAUUUAAAUCCCCUUAGGUAAUUUGCCACACAGUAAACCUCGGGGUCUUAGAGGGUGUUGAACUGAAACUGUUAUGAAGCUUUUCUUGCUUUCAAAAUGUGGAUCUUGACUGAAUAACCUCGUGUAAAAUAACUAGAAUUUGUGUAAACUAUGAUAAACAUGGGUGAGAAUCUAACCCUAACCCUGCCAUAGAGUGUAAGAAAUGGAUGUAGUUACCAUGAAGACUCCAGUUCGUUUGUGAAUUUCCUUUUUGAAGCCUCAAGUUUUCACUUUAAUUGCCUCUCUCCUGAUUGACGGGUCACCGCGGUAGCGACCUGUCAAUCACAAAGUAGUCCCGCCCACAGGCUGAGGUUAUGUCCACCUCGUACUGUCUCUUCUCACGUUGACAUUUCGUUCAGUAAAGGUGAAAUCUGCGUUCAUGUGGACCCUUAUAGAGUCAUUAACUGUAAACUUUAGAAAAAGAAGACCUUAAUUGGUGUUUGAAUGUUUUAAAUGUAGAAUUUAUCACUGAUUUAUGUUUUUUGCAUCUUAAAAUGAAAAAGGAUAUCUUUUAUUUUAUAUCAUUUAUUUAUCAUCUUGCAUUUUCACUGCUAAUUCUGACUUGUGCAAAAUUGCUCUUACAUUUAAUUGAAAGGGCAUUAAAGAAGUCUUCACUUGCCUUAUGUUAUGCAUCCCUUUUAAACUGAUCCAACCCUCAGUGUGCAGAGUGAUGAUGCAGGGUUUGUUUGUGAUCGCGUGAUCUGUGCAGAGCUAAGCACAACACCACCUUCUGCACGUCACUCUGAAGUCAAACAGGAUAAGUGCAUGCUGGGUAGAGAGGAAACUGGGACAUAGCUGGAGAGUGCAAUGGGCCAAAUAACAUUUUGAAUUGUGUUUAACCUGGGGGUUGCAUCUGGAAUUCAUUUAUUUUGCAGCAGUUGAAACGGCGUCACAAAUGGAAGUAGAGCAAACUCUGCUGGUGAAGUUUGAGGGGAGAGACGUUCCUCUGUGUGCUCUGUGUCCCCCUUAUUGUGCCUUUUUACAAAAAUAAAUCACUUUUUCACACUG